AUGUUUCCCGAGGAGCUGAAGGGCCUCACGCCGGUUAAGGAGAAGCUGAUCGCGCUGAACUCAUGUUAUGGGUUCGUCAUAAGGUACAGCAUUGCGAGUAGCCAGAAGCAGAGUGCCCGGUAUCCGAAGCACAUCAAGGGCCACAUCACGGUAUUCCCUAAUAAUGUGCAGGAGCUGGCCACAAAAGUGCUUCCCCACCCGCUCGUCCAAGUGAUGGAAGAGAUCCAUGUCUCGUGGCAGGGUGCGGAGAAGCCAGCACCAAGCGACCUGUCAGGUUUAUUGUCGGUGAGGCGACGAGUCGUUGAGAGGGCCCUCGUCUGGCUAAAGAAGAAUAACCCGCAUUACGCCGAGAUCGAGAUUGACGCGGCGGAGAUGGAGAGCUGGGGCGCGCCGCCGCAUGGGGUGCCGCCGCUGGUGUACGAUCGCAUGGAACGGAAUGAGCUAAUAGCAUGGGAAAAAACGCGAACGGCGCAAAUUGUUCCUCUAACGGAGCGUGGCAUAGACGACGAGGGAUCGUUAGAGAUCGAAGAGGUCCUCGCUCGUCUUAACCGAGGAGAAGACAUACCCAGCGGCGACACCCAAGGGCCGGGGCUGACCGAAGACGAAGGUGGCCACGGGAGCGAGGCCGAGUCUGGUCAAUUGGGAAAAUCGAUCAACGAAGUCACAUCAUCGGGUAUGUUUGCCCUGGACGGACCGCCGGAUGUAGCCGAUGUGGAGAAGCUCUUGUUUGCCUGCAAUGCCGUGAACGGGGAUACGGCGGUCGGGGGAGCCAAAGCGGGCCCGAUAACACGGGUGGAAUCGGUGGAAUCGGCGGAGAUACGGACAGGGCCUGCUGACGGAUGUGAGCCAUACAUUCACGUUUCUCGGGGCGACGAAUUCGCUGAUACAUUCGAUGCCUCGUUCUUCGCGAAGACGUUUCCCACGCUAUUGCCCUUUGGCGUCGGGGGGCCACGGUUAGCAGCGGCAAGGAUCGAGUUAGAGAACUCAGGAAAAACGACUGACGAGGGUAUAAAGGAGCUUUUGAGAAGUCUUUCCUUGUACGGCUUCCGCCAGCCUAUGUCCAGAGAAAAUCGCUUGAGUAUGCGGCGGAAGAUACAGUCGCUUGUUCUUCGUCAUGGCGUGCCGGCGAUCUGGUUCACGCUCAAUCCAAACGAUAUUACGAACCCGGUAAAGCUGCGACUUGCAGCAUACCGCACCAGCGAGCCUAACGCGGCCGAGGCUUUCCUGAAGAGCCUUGGCAUGUCGUACAAACGCCUGCGGCUGGCCAUUUCGGACCCCAUGAGCUCGGCCAUCUUCUUCCACCGGGAGAUAACGUUAUUCUUUGAGCAUUAUGUCAAAGUGGGAGAGGAGUCGGACUUAGACCAGGAAGGGUAUUGCACCCUCCAAGCGGAACGGUCGGUGGCAUCAGACAUUUCCUCCCUGCUUGACAACAGGGAGCAAUUUUCGGCCGCAUUUGACGAGGAAGCGAAUUUCUGUGCCGGUGCGACACAGAUCCAUACUCACAGCCCAACUUGUGUUAAGUACUCCUUGAGCAAGGGCAAAGGAGGAGGAAAGAGGCGUGGCCUUUGUCGAUUCCAGGCGCCAUGGAGACUAGUCGAAAAGACUGCCUUCACGGCAGACGGCGUGUUGCAAAUUCGAAGGAGGCAUAGCAUGGUGAAUCGGUGGAACAAGGCCAUGGCCGUGGGGCUUCGCCACAACCAUAACAUCUCCUUCAUAGCGACGCAGCGGAAGACCAUGGCCCUCAUCUAUUAUGUCAUAAAUUACGCGACGAAAGUGGAGGAUCCGGUGUGGAAGCGUGUGGCCGCCGCGGCAGAGCUCUUGACCAUAUUAACGGGUGAAGGGACGGCCAACGGAUGGGGGAACGGUGGAGGAGGUGCUACCGAUGACGCCGUCAAGGGGAACAGGACGCGGCAAUUCUUGAUGAGGGUGGCGAACCGCAUAUUCACGGAGCGAUCACUAUCGCAGACAUUCCUAAAUGUCUCUCUGCUCUACUGGCACGUCUUCCGACGAUGGCGACACCUCCGGAAAGAGAGCGGAGUAGAGGCUGUAAACGAUUCCGUGGACGAGUCGAUAGUUGUGGAAGAAGCAGAUGAGAUCGCUGGCGCUUGGGGAGAGGUGCCAUUUGAGAGCGAGUGGGAGUCUGGAAGAGGCUGGUUGCAGGUGCUGAGACGGCCGGGAAAGCACGCCAGCGUCUGCCUUGAUGGCUACCUGAGCAAGGAUUUCGACCAGGAUGACGAAGAGUCGUGCUAUCGAAGAGCAGCGGUGCAGCAUCUUGCGCUAUUUGUGCCAUGGGAGUCUUUCCUGUGCGAACAAACGGGCGAUAUCAACAGCAUAUGGGCGCGGGCUCGAGAGGCACUUCCUCCCAGAAUAUCAUGCCUCGUCGAUAAUGUGCAACUACUCCGACGGUCGGCCGAAGACGCGAAACGCGACGCCAGGCAAUGGGCAGCCUCAGCCGGCGACGCUGACUUCACGGCCGCACGUGCCGGUAAGGAAGGAGAAAGCGAGGCUAGUGAAGAGGCCGCAUCGGUAUACCAGUCUGACAGCAUCGGUAAUGCAACGCGUCUAAUUAACGUUGUGAGAAGUGCAGUAGGCGCCAACCAGAUCACUGCCGGCUCGCCGGAGCUCAUGGCAACAAUGGAGCAGCUCUGUCGUUUCCAGCAGUCAGCACUAAGCUCGACUACUGAGCUCCAGGCCACCGUAAUGCCCGAACGGGGAGAAAGACGGAUAAGCAUACCAGAAGUGGCAUUUUCGGGGACGGUUAUACCACCGCAGGAUCAGGUCAAGGCCAUCAAGUCGCAGUAG